AUGGGAGAUAAAGAGGCACAACAGGAAGAGCUGCAAUCAAUUGACGCAAUUUUCGGUGAUUUAGUCCAUUUGGAAUCAACUUCUCGAAUAAAUGUACAGUUCGCUGAUGAUAUUCAACUAACUAUCGAUUUGCCUCCCGAUUACCCGUCUCGUUCUCCUCCUUCAUUCGAAUUGAGCGGACCCAGGUUGAAAGCAUACGAACGGACGGAAUUAUCUAAUAAACUACAGGAAAUAUACGUGAAUAGUAUUGGUCAGCCCGUUUUAUACGAUUGGAUCGAAUGUGUUAAUUCACAUGUACUAGAAAAAACCGAAGGUCCUGAACCAGCUGACUCAUCCAUUGAGGAAUUACCUUCAAGUAGUGGUGAAGUUUCAUUUCCGGAUAUAAUGGUACCGAAAAUUAUUAGUGGUGAUAUUUUAACGGAUCGAAAGAGCACCUUUCAGGCUCAUCUCGCUGUUAUAAACUCUGAAAAUGAGAAGGGAAAUUUAUUGCAGGCAAUGUUGGUGCUUAACAGGUUGAAGGAAAACAGUAAGAUUGCACGAGCCACACAUAAUAUGUACGCCUGGCGAACCCAAGAGGAAACUGGUGGUCACAUUAUCAAUAGGCACGAUUGCGAGGACGAUGGUGAACAUGGUGCGGGAUCGAAAUUGUUGCAUCUGUUAGAGUUAAUGAAGGCGACAAACGUAAUGGUGAUAGUGUCGCGUUGGUAUGGUGGAAUUCAUUUGGGCCCUGAUCGGUUUCGACAUAUUUGCAAUAGUGCUCGUGAGAUACUCUCUCAGAAUGGUUUCUCGAAUCGUUAA